CCCAGAGACUACGACGAACGACUACGAGUGAAAAUGAAUGCUCCUUCACAAGAACAUCUAAGACCAAGCACGUGAACAUGGUACCACAGCGCUCUCUCCUGUGUCUGGUGGUGCUGGUGUAUGGUUUUGUGGUGUGUGAAGCCCACCAACUUUGGGUUCAGGAGUUUGUGAAUAUGGAUGUGUCACCAGCACAUACGAUAGUGAAGAGAGCAGUAGACAACACAACCACAGAUGAUUAUGAAGUUUUCAUUGAAAUCUUUGACAUAGCACUUUUCAAGGCAAUUUUGGGGAAUGUAUCACUGCCCCAGCAAUAUGGUUCUAUAACAAUCACUGACAUCACCACGACAACAGUAUGUUCACCCAGUAAUCUCUCAGACUACGAGUGUCGCUGUGAGUCUGGCUAUAUCUGGCCUAGUGACAUAUGCUCCAAUUCAAGUUGUCCAGGUGAUACAAGAGAUUUGUGUAAUUGCAUCACUUCUACAUCUGCAGAAGGCCAGUCCUGUCAGCUCAGCCAGCAAGUAAUAUCAACAACUACUGCAGCGCCAAGUACUACAAUUACUCCAACGCCAACUGGUACUUUGGAAAUCGUAGACUCUGACGUAUCCUUGACAUUCUCCUUCAGCAAUCUGUCAGAGUCCGAAAUUCAAAGGAUUGUGGAGAAACUCAGGGGACUGACAACAGCUGAUUAUCCUUAUCGUGUGUCCCCAUUACUGGAGGUGUCAUCUUUCAACUUAACUACAGUUUGCACUGCAGAAUUCGAACAAAUGCGGUGUCAGUGUGAGGAGUUGUACAGUUGGCCAUGUGAACAAUGUUACAACUACAGCCUGUGCCCUGAUACUACAAUCAACUCCACAUGUGACACUGUUUACGGGCUGCCCACAGACGAUCAGUACUGUCAGCCUUUCACCGCUGCGUGCCAGCCCUGUCCAGAUUCAAAUGAUACUACAACGCCUCCUCCUACUACUACAACGCCUCCUCCUACUACUACAACGCCUCCUCCUACUACUACAACGCCUCCUCCUACUACUACAACGCCUCCUCCUACUACUACUACUCCUCCUACUACUACUACAACACCUCCUACCACUACUACUACUCUUUCUACUACUACUACUCCUCCUACUACUACUACAACAUCUCCUACUACUACUACAACACCUCCUACCACUACUACUACAACACCUCCUACCACUACUACCACAACUCCUCCUCCUACUACUACAACACCUCCCACUACUACUACAACACCUCCCACUACUACUACUAUUCCUACUACUACUACUACAACACCGCCUCCUACUACUACUACAACACCUCCUAUUACUACUGCUACUACCACCGUACCUCCAACUACUACUACUACACAGCUGCCAACAACUACAACAACAACUGCUACCACUACAACAACAACAACUACUACAAUGCCUCCUACUGAAGUACAAAGGUCAUUUUCAGUCACUUUGGAUUCUACAUUUGAUUCUUCCUUCAAUAGUCCAAUCAGUCCAGUGUACCAAAACAUAAGGCGACUGGCAAGGAUUGGUUGUCGUAUGAAGAUUCCAACAUGUGACAUAUUGACAUUAAAUUUUAGACCUGGAAGCACAAUUGUUGGGAUCACUUAUGAUGCGACUUCAUUUCCAGUGACAACUCCAGUAGUAAAGGAAGACGUCGUGCAGGAAAUGAUAAAGACACUGAAAGUCAUCACUGAUGGGAGCGCUUUGGAUUUUCUUACCAAGCCAGUACUUUUUGGCUUUACGGCCAAAAUGGAGUGUAAUCCAUCUGGUGUGAAUUUUAACAGCACCUGGAAUGCAACCUGGUUCAGGAAUGGAGUUGAUAUCACCGAUCCACGUACAGUUGAUAAUACUAAUGGGAAGUCAGUGCUGACAAUCAGAAAUUUUUAUCGUACAAAUACAGGAAAUUAUGAGUGCAGACUCACCAGUGGAAACCACAUAUUCAGACAAAAAUCUACUGAACCACUGACUUUUAGGGAGCUGCCAAUCAUUCAGAUAAAUGCAUCGUCACAAAAACAAAAGUGCGAAGUGAAUACCUCUCAAGUCAUCCAGUGCUCUGUUCAAAGCACUGUUCGUGAUUUCUAUGAGCUCCGGUGGAAAGAGCAACCCUCAAUAAGGCCAGUCCUUGGCAGAAUCGACCUUUCUGUGAAUGUCACCAAAUGCCCGCAAAAUUUCUCAUACACUUGUGAAGCAGCAGACUAUCCACAGUAUAAUAAAACAGUAAGAUUAUCUUUUAUAACACUGACAGACCCUGAAUGUACAAGUGUUGUGUGGGGCCUUGGAAACGAAGGUGACCGAGCUGACGGAUCCUGUGAGGAGGGACAAGUAGGAGUGAAAAUGGCCACAUGUUUGAACCGAAUAUGGGAAGAGGAGGACAAUUGUGUGCUGGAAGAAAUCCAAGAACUGCUUGAUGAAACAGAGGGCUUGAAUGACCCCGCUGCAGUUCCUCGAAUCAUAAAUGAUCUCAAAGAAGUCACAAAUGAAUUACAAGAUAAUAUUACACAAUCAGCUGCCACAAUCGAAGUGAUUGUGUUUAUAAUGGAAAGUCUGGCAAACAUAAGCGAGACAAUCUCAGAGAGAUCAAUGCAGGAUAUCUUAAACACAUCAAGUAUUUUAACUGUGGAUGGGGCAAGACGAUCGUGGGAUAUACUCAACAAUAAAACAUAUCGUAAUUUGAUCAGAUCUACAAGAACAGUGACUGGACAAAUUGCACCCAGUUCUACAUUUUUGCAAAAUCUUGAAGUCUAUGCAGAGAAAUUUGAGAAUGAGUCUGGUAAUAUCGCGACAGAUUUCAUCGUGUUUAACAAAACUGUCUUCAGCAACACUUUCCAAGAGGAAUACAGCGGCUCAGUGCAAAUAGAAAUACCAGAAAUACCUGGGCUACAAAACAACAAAAUUACUGUGUUGACUUUUGAAUCCUUGCAUAAUGUAUUACCUCCAAUUGACAAAAAUAAUUCAGCCAAUUUAUCCAUUAACACAAACGUUGUCCUUGUCCAAUCAGAUGGCGUUAACAAUGUGUCUUUUACCUUUGACCUCCGCAACAACUCUUUGUUCAGUCCUCAGUGUGUCUUCUGGAACUUCACACUGUUCAAUAACUCUAGAGGUGGAUGGGACGAGGAGGGCUGCAGAGUGGUUAAUGUCAAUAAGGACAUAGUAACCUGCCAAUGCAAUCACUUAACCUCAUUCUCCGUCCUUAUGUCUACUACCUUUGAAUUUAGUGAGAAAGAGAAACUAAUCUUAGUCUACAUAACAUAUAUUGGAGUUUCAAUAUCGAUUGCUUCCUUGAUAAUAUGCCUCAUCAUUGAAGCAGUUGUUUGGAAAAAAGUUCGAAGGCCAAGAGUGUCCUACAUGCGCCACGUUACCAUUGUCAACAUCGCUGUUUCUCUGCUUGUUGCCGAUAUCUGGUUCAUAAUCGGGGCUGCAGGUUCUGUAAAGAAGGAAAUACCUCCUUGUACUGCAGCCACUUUUUUCGCCCAUCUAUUUUACCUGGCCCUAUUCUUUUGGAUGCUGGUGUCAGGGCUGUUGCUGUUCUACCGCACCAUCACCGUUUUUGAUAGUGGAAUGAGAAAACGGACCAUGUUGGCUAUUGGCUUUUCCAUUGGAUACGGAGGACCAGUUAUUAUCGCUGUGGUGACUGUAGCGGCCACUGCUGGACAGGGGCAUUACAUACAGUUAGAUGACGCCUGCUGGCUCAAUUGGAACCCAUCUAAAGCUCUACUGGCAUUUGUGAUCCCAGCUUUGACUAUUGUUGCGCUAAACUUCUUGAUCUUGUGUGUGGUCAUCUACAAAAUUAUUCGAAGAAGGACAGGAGCAGACGCUGAAGAAAAGCAUGUCAUCGUGGUGAUUAUCCGUUGCCUGGCAUUCCUAACUCCCUUUUUUGGGUUAACCUGGAGCCUCGGAGUGGGAACAUUGCUUGACAUCAAGGAUAAAAACUCUAGAUUUGGAGUUCAUGUCGCAUUUGCAUUCUUCAAUUCCCUCCAGGGUUUCUUUAUAUUGCUUUUUGGAACUCUCCUGGACAAUAAGGUGCGUCAAGAAAUCACAAAAUCUACAAGUUCAGGGACAACAAGGACCACAUCCGCAGAACAGGCUUCAUCAUCAAGUGGACUGAACAGGAUGCUAAGGCGGAGAGAUGGUUACAAUAUAUCUUCAAAUGUGGAUUCUUUAGACACUAAUACUUAAUGCAAUAGUUUUAACACUGUGUAAUUUUCUAAUAGUAUUUAUAUAUUUAAAUAAUGUUAGAACAUGCUGCUUGUAUAGGAUUGAAUGAAAUGGACAACAAACUGUAAAUGUAAACAUAUUUGUGAAGAAACCAACCAUUAAUUUCUUUACUAUUAAUUUCUGAGAUUUUGAGCAUAAAUUGGUUAAACUGGUGAGUUCAUUGCCAAUUUCAUGUUCAUUGAAAUACCCUAUGUAUUGUGAGAUAGGAGGUCGAAUAUACACUUUAUAUUAAAUAGUACAUUUGGAGGACUUUGUUGCAUAAUCAUGAGUUGUCAGGUUCUGUUUUCAUAGACUCACUAAGGAGUCUUCAAUUAAAAGUGUGAAAUCGAUGCUGUUUACUUACUAAGCAUUCAGGGACUAAUUCAAAGUGUUACCCAUGGGGACCUGCCUUUUGUUUUGUGUGGGGCAACCUGUGCGCUCAGAUGGGUACAAUUAGCACCUGUAAUGCUGUAAUACUAGGCAGGUAUUGGCCAUAACAACUUUUCUACUUGGUCCCUCUAGACAAAACACAGUCUGACCUUAACAAUAGGAAAAGAGCAGUCAGCUCUGUGGUCGUGGGAUCUCUCAAAAAUGUGUGUGGCAAAAUGAUGCAGUUUAAUGGCACUUGUAUAUUUGAUAUUGACAAAAUUCCGUUAAUGCUAAGGCAGAAAUCUGUAGGUAAGAUUUACCCUCUAACUACCCUGCACCUUUGUAAUGUUGCACCAAUGUUUAUUUAUUUUAUAAGUAAAUAGUUUGUAUAUAUUUAUGUAUCUUAUAUUGUAUGUGUGUAUUGUAUAGUGUAAAUGUUAUGCUGUAAACUGUCUACAUAACAAAACUGCAUUACAUUACAAAUGUUCCAAGUUCUGACC